AUGGGUGCCCUGUCUCAAAAAGAAGGCGUCACCGUGAGACGGAGUUCGCCGCCGCCUGCUCUUGAAAUAAUACCGUCCGAAGACCCUGUGUACGGUGACGAUGAUCAAGAUGACGCCCAAACGGUUAUGCAGCCCGCCCUGAACGUUGUUGCCGCCCGUCUUACGCUGCCACAAACGACUGCCGCCGAGAGAGCUGCUGCGCUGGAAAGAAAAAGAUCUUCCGGUAACAUCUUUGAAUCCGGUCCCUCGAGCGGCGAUGAUUCUGCCAGCUCGCCAGAAUUGACACCUUUCCCCGACGAGAUCCCUACCAACUUCGAGACGGAGCCAGAACUGCGGAUUACCCCAGCGCCACCUCGCAGGAGACAAUCCCAAAAACUUCAGAAGCCGAAGCCUGUCCCAAGAGACUUGCCAUCGCCCUGGCAAUCGAGUCCGAGGAACGCCUUCUUCGGCGGCGGAGAUGGCGGGCCGACCAAGACCGCUCUCGAGUCUGCAUCCGUCAGUCAGACAAGGCAUAAGCGUUCUUCUUCCACCGGGGCCGACGCCCUCAAGAAGUUCUCCAAUGCCUUCUCCUCCUUUCCGGCGCCUUCUGCAAUCUUCAACUCUUUGUCGUUUUUCACCGCGGCCGCUGAGAGAGCCGAGCCAAGGUCGCCAAUGGACCGGCGGAGGGCAGCACAGUCUCAAGGCGGGCGGUCGUUGAUCAAUUUGGCCCCUAUGUCCAGCGGUGCCAACGGGUUCCCUCGAGCGCAAACCAUGGUCCAAGACGCGUCCGGGAACCGCCCGUCCAUUUCUUCAGGAAGACAUUCCACCACAAGACCUCGCGUACUAAGAAAGGUUACUUCGGAUGACUCGCUCCUGUACCACUCUUUGUCCCGUACGUCUUCGAUCGGUGAUGACGAUGGCAGGUUUGAUCAUGUCAGGGAAAUGGCAAAUGUGAGAGUGAAGGCAAUCAGAGACAGUCUACCUGAGAGACCCACAUUUAAGAUGCCCAGUUUACCCAAGCUGGGUUCCUCACUGAAGCUGAACGAGGACGGAAUGGGCAAAGCAGUGCCCGAAGCCCCCGCGCCAAAAGUUGAUAACGAUGCAUCUUCCACCCUGGACAGAGUUCUGGAGACUUUGACCGGAGACAUAGUCAUUCUCGGCGGAUAUCGAGGUUCGAUCCUGCGAUCGGCGGAGCCUCCCCACCACCAGCUAUGGGCUCCUGUCAAGGUCGGACUCAACAUGAGGAAAGUCGACCUGGAGGUAGGCCUGGAUCCCGAAGACGAAGAAACGAUGGAGAAGCGCAUCAUCCCGUCAGGCAUGUUGCAGAACAUUGGCCCCAUUGACAUCUCGAGGAAGUUGUUCAAGAAGAUCGGUGCCUGCGAGAACGUUCGGAAAGGGAAGCUGCGUUUGUGGGAUUACGGCUAUGACUGGAGACUAAGUCCUCAUUUACUGUCUCGAAAGAUGAUUGAGUUUUUGGAAAAGCUCCCGUCAAACCAACCGGACUCCAAGGAGCCUAGAGGCGCACUGGUUCUGGCACACAGUCUCGGAGGUCUCAUCACUCGCCACGUCGUCAACCAGAGGCCAGAUCUUUUCUCUGGUGUGGUAUACGUUGGCACCCCGCAACGGUGUAUCAACAUCCUGGGACCCCUGAGGGACGGCGAUGCGGUUCUCUUGAACGAGAAGAUCUUGACUGCGCAGGUUAACUUCUCACUCAGGACCACAUUCGUCUUCCUUCCCGAGGACGGCUUCUGCUUCGUCAACAAAGACACGAAGGAGGAGUACAAGAUCGAUUUCCACGAUGUCAAUGACUGGAUCAAAUACCGCCUCACGCCCUGCAUCGAGCCCCCGUUACCGCCACUGGCCCCCAAGGAGAAAUCGACAACCUUGGGGUCUCUUUUAUCGGUCCGUAGUCGUAGCUCAAGCGAGAAGAAGCAGAACCACGUGCUCCCGCCAUCGCUCGCCGACGCAGCCCGCAGAGCAGAGCUGGCCCACGAAGGAAACAUGAACCCGCAGAUCGACGGCCACGUUCCUCGCAACCCGGCAUCCAACAGCAAGCCGUCACCGUUCACCAAAGGGUCACCUGCGACACUAACGCCCGCCAAACGCGCCAGGAACCUCGCCUACCUCGAGCGAGUCCUGGCCGAAGUCAAGCAGUUCCGCGCCGAGACCCAGUUCAACCCAGCCCUCUCGGAAGCCAACGCCUACCCGCCUUUCGGCGUCAUCUACGGCAAGGAGGUUCCGACUGUUCACUCCGUCAAGGUUGCGAGCCGCGAGGCCAUUGCCCACCAGGGCGCCUACGACGACCUCGUCUUUCGCGCCGGUGACGGCGUGGUCCUCGCACGCGAGGCGCAGCUGCCCGAGGGAUACGAGCUGGUGCGCGGCGGGCGUGUCAGCACCGAGCGCGGGCAUUUGACCAUGCUCGGUGACAUGCCUGCCGUCGGCAGGGCGCUGGAGGCUGUUGUUCGCGGCCGACGAAAGGGUAUCGGCCUGGGAAACGCGAUGAAAGCAAACGGCCGGGAGAGGAGUGUCAUUAGAGCCUAG